ACGGCACUUGCAGCGGAUCGCGUUUUCUGUUGCUCGACAGAAACGUUUCUCUUGCCUGAGACCUGCUAUCCUACUUGCAUAUAAAAUGUCUUUGGACAAAAAAUCGCUAGAGAGCAGUAGUUUGGGCCAUACGGAAUUGGAAAGCUAUCCUUUCAGUUGUGUUUUAACUUCCCGACUCCCCUACUACACCUUCCACGGAGACCAGGAGGAGGAUGGAGAUCACUUUCUUGAACUCCAAACAAUCUGCCUGGGAGAUGGUGCCCAGGAAGAGAGCCAUGAAGUAGCUGUGAUGGCAUUGAAUCACCUGGGGAAGAAAGUGUCUGUCCCUGUGGCUACUCUUCACCCGUCAUGUCUGCCUAUGGUGAGUUUGGGAGGGUUUGAGCUGAAGGCCCCUGUGACGCUUCUUCUGAGGUCUGGAUCGGGACCCGUCACCGUGAGCGGUCUUCACCUUGUUGAGGAUGAGCAAAAAUCAGAGCCUGAGAAAUCAGAGGAGCAGGAGGAAACGAUGAUCCCUGUCAAGCGUGCCAAGAAGCCAAAAGUCUAGUUGGUGUCUAAACAUCAUCUCCACUUUGGGUGUAUUUCCAUUUUUUACAUUUAUUUAUUUACCAGAUGUCAGUAUCCCUGGAGAAAGUGGGGUUAAGGGUCUUGCUCAAAGGCCAAACAGUAAUAUGAUUACUGUGCCAGCCAUGAGUUUUGAACCCACAACUAUCUGGUCAUGGGCACAGAUCCCUAAACUACUGAGCUGUGUGUUGUCCCUGUGGUUAAGUUUAUUUUUCAUUUAUUUAUUUAGCAAUCACUUAUCAAAAAGUGACAAAAUUCGGAAAGCAGGGUCAACCGGUCCCUGAUGCAAUUGGGGUUACGGUCCUUGCUCAAGGGCCCAACAGUGAAAUCACUUUGCCAACCAUAGGUUUCAAACUGCUUACCUGCCAAUUAUAAGUACAGUAGAACAUUGGAAAUCGAACACCUCUUAACUCGCUCAACCCAGACAACGAACAGGCUUGUCGAUUUUUUUUUUUUACCUCAACCAAAAUCUUGGAACUCAACCGUUCCUAAGAGAACUUGUAUGGUUCAGAUGCAUUCAACUUCAUGAAUUCGGACCUCGAACAGGUCGGUCGAGAAAAAUGUAGCCACAGCUCGACCAAAAAACUGGAGACGCAACAAAACAAAACAGACCUGCUAAAUCUUGUGUGGAUCGAGAUGUGUCUGCCCUUCCAAACAAUAACCUCCCACUUCGAGUGCCAUCAGCUCACCUUAAUACAGGUAAAGUGCUCAUAAAUUAUCAUUUAUUUCAUGUUUAUUGCUUUUGUACGUAUGUGUACUUUUUCAUGUGUGUGUUUUAUUUUGAUUGUUAAUGCUUUUUAUCAUUAGACAGGUACCUACCUAGGUAUAAAUAAGGGGUCUGGACUGAUUAAAUUCAUUUACAUUAUUUCUUAUUGGGAAAUUCACCUAGGACCUCGACCAAAAAUGCAACUUGACCAGCCUCCUGGAACGAACUAAGUUUGUGUUCCAAGGUACCACUGUACAGUGUCCUAAUCCACUGAGCCGAGUGCAUUAUUUAUGAAAGUAGUCUUUCAAGUUUGCAUUUUAUAACAGAUAUAUAAUAGUUUAAGAAUGCAACAGUUGGGAAACUCAAAAGGAAAUCAAAUUUUGAAUGCCGUUUAAUUCAUGGUUCUUACAUUGUCAUUUUAUACAUGUAUUCAUAGUAGAUUAACCUAUCUUGUUUGAAAUAUUUGAAGGAUAACUAGGUAGUACCAGUAUUCCUUUACUGGAAGCUUUCAGGGAGCUGUAUUACUGGGGCCAUAUUGGGCAGGGGACAUGGCAGGUCCGAACAGAUGGACAGCUACUAAGAAUGUUUUUUUUUUAUUUGUACAUUGUCUAUAAAUAAACAUUGUUUUAUUCUUAA